CAUCUCCAGAACACCAACAAUCCUCGUCCGAAUCUCACGCAAAGCCUCCGCCACAUCAUCCUCAUGACUGACGUUGGCCCUGCGUUGCGGAAGAAUGUAUCAUUCUCUCCAUUCGGGAGGAUCUCUCCCUCCACUGGCCAUCCACCUUCACGGUUCCAUGCGGGCUCUCCUCCGUCGAUAUCUUGAGGCGGAAAGGUAUAUAUAUGGUUGAUCUCACGGCAUUGUCUUCUAUGUUUCCAUCAGCAUCGACAUCGAUACACCUCUUGAGACUAUCAAUCUAAAGAACAAACAAUAUCUUCGAGUUUGUCUAGAUUCUUCAUAAGCAUUCGACUUUCUUCCCUCAACAGCAUUGUGCUUACCUCAAACCCCAUCGAACCACCAUGGCUUCCUCUUCAUCACUACCAACUAUCGCCAUCUUCGGAGCAACAGGUGGCUGUUGUCUCGCCGUCCUCAAGAACGCCCUCAAAGCCGGUCACAGCGUCAACGUCCUUGCGCGUAGCCCAUCGAAACUCUCCUCUCUCUCCGCCUCAUAUCCCUCCCUCCUGCACAUCACUGAAGGUGACAUCAGCAACCUGCCGGCCAUCAAAUCCACCCUCGUCCACAAUAACCGCGUCGUGGAUGUGAUCGUCUCUGGAAUUGGAAUGACGCUACAUCGAGAAGGAAUGGGUUUCACCUCUAAUGACGUACACAUCUGUGAGAAGGCCACGAGCGCAAUAUUGCAGGGCUUGAAAGAACUCGAAGAGGAAGGGAAAGUGGAGUUGAGCCCCGCGGGACCGUCUUUUGUGGCUAUCAGCACAACCGGGAUAAGCAAGAGGGGAAGAGACGUUCCUAUUGCAAUGCUGCCGCUUUAUCACUGGAUGUUGGCUGUGCCGCAUGCAGACAAGAAGAAGAUGGAGGAUGUGAUCAUAGAGGGUGAGGGGAAGGACAGGAGAUGGAUCAUUGUGCGACCGAGUCUGCUCGUUGACGGGGAGCCUAAAGGGUUGGAGAAGCUGAGGGUUGGAAUCGAAGUACCUGGCAAGGCGGAAAAGAAGCAGGAACAUAAGGAGGUCGGAUACACGAUUCGGAGGGAAGAUGUUGGUUUAUGGAUUUACGAGGAGUGCAUU